AUGGGCCAACAUGGCGCGACUGUCUCAAAUGAAGCGGGUUCGAUCACUUGCACGACUAAGACACUAUACUCGGUGAUCAUGAUCUACACAAUCUGCAUGCCAGCGAUCAAGGUAACCAUGGUGCUAUUUUACUGGAGAUUGUUCAGUGGCGGUCGAAAGAUUCGAAUAGCAUUGUAUACAAUUAGUGGGAUGCUCUUUGCCUGGUUUGUUGGGGCCUUGGCUAGCGGUCUGCUGGCUUGCGAGCCACUGGCGAAGUUCUGGAACAACGACAUCCCUGGACGCUGCCUUCACACAAUGACUUACUUCCGUGCUAUUGCUGGGACCAACCUUGCAACGGACGUUCUACUAUUGGUUCUACCCAUUCCCAUUGUCUGGGGCCUGCAUCGACCAGCUGGUGAAAGGCUUGGUCUCAUUGCUGUGUUUACCCUCGGGGCUUUCGUCACAGUUGUCAGCGUCAUUCGAAUAGCACUUUUGACAUCCCCGGAGGAUCCAGAUCCACUAUGGGCCAAUACCCAAGGAACCAUAUGGACGUCGGUCGAAACUAGCAUUGGCGUCGUCUGUGUCAACCUUCCCACCAUGUCUCCCCUAUUCCGUCGAUAUAUCCUCCGCCGCGAAAUCAGCUCCUUGAACUCCAAACCGAGGAGUCUUCCUCUGUCAUACCCUCCCAGCAGCAAAAAGCCCAAUGCUCACCCUCGCCGUGGUAAUUCGACAUCGAGUACCGAGGGACUUGAGACUAUGUGGUCAAUCUCCGAUACUUACCACCCAGAUCUUGUGACAACAGAUUCGACUGUAAAUGGAAAUGGUGAUGAAGGUUUUGAAAUGGAAGGGUUGGAAAAGCACUCGCCCGAACCUGCCGUUUGUCAGAGCUGUGACGAUGGUGAAGAGGGCCCCAAAGGAGAUGUUUGA